AUUUUAGUAUAAUACAUGAUACAUGAACAUGAUGGCCAUUUGGUCCAAUUUACUUGCGACGAAGAUGUUAAUCUGUUUCAAGCGCGUAUAAAGUAAAAGAAAAAAAAAACAUUCGAAAUCAGUGAAAAUUGUUCGUCUGAUCAUCAUGAAGUUACAAUUAUUGUGUCUCGUUAUUUGCAGUGUUUGUUUAACACAAUCGAUCGCGAGUAGUGCCGAUUCCAAUGAAACCGAAAAAUAUCCAACAUUUGUUAUUGUGACUCUGUUCCGGAACAAGGCUCACGUUUUGCCGUAUUUCUUUACGUAUUUAGAACAGUUGGACUAUCCCAAGGAAAGAAUUACUUUGUGGUUCCGCACAGAUCACAACGAAGACAAUACUGUUCAAAUAAUAGAGACAUGGUUGCAAAAAGUUUCGAAUUUAUACCACAACGUCAACUUCAAAUUUCAAGACGUGCCGAAAAGUCGAAGCACUGAAAAAACAGCCACCCAUUGGCCGGCAGAACGACAUGAACAUGUAAUUCGACUAAAGGAGGAAGGUUUGAAUUAUGCGCGGCAAGCAUGGGCUGACUUCGUUUUCUUCUUGGAUGCUGAUGUGUUUUUAACCGAGCCGCAGACACUGAAAGUGUUGAUUGAAAAAAAGUUACCGAUCGUGUCGCCGAUGCUACUAUCCGACGGUCUAUACUCCAAUUUUUGGGCCGGUAUGUCGGACGAAUUCUACUAUCAUCGAACGGACGAGUACAAGGAAAUUUACAAUCACGUCAAACGAGGUGAUUUUCCCGUGCCAAUGGUACACAGCGCCGUACUAAUCGAUCUGCGUUACGUUGCAACGGACUAUCUAACUUUCAACAGAACCAUUCUACACGAGCAGCUGGUGCUGCUGAACAAACCGGCUCUAACUAGCGAAGUGCCUGUCGACGAUAUAAUUAUUUUUUCCGUUUCGGCACGUUACUCCGACACCCAACUGUACGUUUCGAACACUCAUGCGUUCGGUUACAUAAUGGUGCCGAUGGAAGACACUGAAGAUUUUCGUAAAGAUAUUGACCAAGUGGCGAACAUAAAAAUUUCGAUACUCAACGACAUUGACAACGGACUUGCUCUGCUACCAGAAAUGGAAAAAUUCGUUCAAUUAGCGCCGAAAGAUCGAAUGACAUUGAGCAAAAUUUUCAUGAUAAAUUUGGAGAGACGUCCGGAACGACGUGCUAAAAUGAAUCUAAGUUUCGAUUUCUUGGGCCUGGAUGUCGACUAUGUUUCGGCCGUCGAUGGACGGGAAUUGAACUAUGACGAGUUGAAAAAGAUUGGAAUUGAAUUUUUGGAAGGUUACGCAGAUCCGUACUUAAAUCGUCCGAUGACAUUAGGUGAGAUCGGGUGUUUUUUGAGUCAUUUCCGUAUAUGGGAGAGAAUUGUGGCUGAGAAACUGGAAGAAGUGCUGAUAUUAGAGGAUGAUAUUCGCUUUGAACCGUACUUUAAGGAACGAGCUGUUAAUAUACUUAAUGAAGCUAGAUCGUUUGGUGGCUGGGAUUUGAUAUAUCUCGGAAGAAAGCGGUUGGAGAGUCAGGACGAAAAAUGGAUACAAAAUUCUGAUUUUCUUGUCAAAGCUGGCUAUUCCUAUUGGACACUCGGCUACAUUAUAACAUUACGUGGAGCUCAGAAGCUACUAGAUGCUAAGCCACUAAAACGACUGCUUCCGGUCGAUGAGUUCCUCCCUAUUAUGUUUGACCGCCAUCAAAAUGCAACGUGGAAAAAAGCGUUCGAAGUUAGAAAUCUAGAAGCCUGGAGUACGGCUCCGCUGCUCCUGUUUCCGACUUAUUACACAGGUGAAGAGGGCUACAUUUCCGACACAGAAGACUCGGUUCUGAUAAACCCUAUCGAAGACUCGAAUGGUACGACCGUUGAGAAGAAGGGGGAUAAGGAAUUUUUCAAUGAGAACGUAGUCGACGACAAGGGUUCGUCGGUUGAAGAAGAUGAGAUCGUCAAUUUGGAUCCGAAUGACAUUCUGUUGAAUACCGUCAAGGAAUCGUUAGCGGAAGCGGUUAAAACAGAAUUGUGAGCGACUGACUGUCUAGUGGAAUGUACACAUGUGUAUACAUGUUGGCCGACUGUGUACGUGUACAUCCAGUGAAUUUACUUAAAAUUCAACAUUAUUUGUGCCUUAAUCGAAUCAAAUUUACUGUAAUCUCUUAGCUGUAAGCCAUUUGAAUUGUGUCAUAUUUUGUUGCGGCGUAUUUUUACGUUUGUCAUAAAUCCAUGCCAAAAAUAUUUUGAAAAACGGAGGCGAUCCGUUUUAUGUUCGAGUUGAACUUUUUUCUCUCUUUAGUUUUAGUCUUAAUUUUGUACUGAACAGCAAUUAAAUUUGUUCAAUUUCGAUUUGCGAAA